ACCGCAGCACCUCCCGCGCGCUCUCGCCGCAGACCCCCCCCCAGUCUCUUCACACACACUGACAACGGCGCUCAAAAUUCGGCGGGCCGACCCUACACCUUCGUCAUAAACUAAACCCAACUCGAGGAUUGCCAGUGCAUCGGUCGCGCACGUUCACGCUCGGGUCACUCAAUACAUCGUUGCACGUUCCUGCGAUUCGUAAAAAUUAUCCGCCACGCCCAGCCUCAUCUCUGGACUGCACCGCCGCGCCUGCGACACUGAAAAGCGGUGUUGCUGUGUCUCACUCGUAUCGGCUGAUUUGGGUCGUUCGCGGGCUGUCGCGAGUUUCUAAUCGAGAUGGCGCCUAGCUCAGUAAAGGAUGAAGACAGGGUUGAGCGUGAACGGCGGCGAGGGCAUCAUGUCGAUCCCCGGCGCCGAGGACACCAUCGACCCCUCGACCUUCGAGCAGAUCCUCGAGAUGGACGAGGACGAGGCCGAGCGCGAGUUCUCCCGCAGCAUCGUCUACGACUUCUUCACCCAGGCCGAGGGCACCUUUGUGAAGAUGGACACCAGCCUCGAAAAGAAGGAGCUUAAGACGCUCAGCGAGCUGGGCCACUUCCUCAAGGGGUCGUCUGCGACGCUCGGCCUGACCAAGGUCAAGGACUCGUGCGAGAAGAUCCAGAACUACGGCCAGCUGAAGGACGUGACGGGCAUAAAAGACAUCAAAGAGGAUGAGGCCCUGAAGAGCCUCGACAAGAUCAUCAAGCAGGCCAAGGACGAGUUCCACGAGGUCGAGAAGGUGCUCAAGAAGUUCUACGACGACGAGGAAUGAGCGCUGCCCCUCGCCCCGUGCCCCUCCGACGCCGGGCACGCCAUGCGCUGGCUGGCGGCUGGCGCGCAGCAAGGCAGCACCGCACCCUGUUUGCUCGCCCUCGCUCGCCACAGCGCCCUGUACCUGCGUCGAGACCGCUAGGGACCGUCGUUGCAUGGCCGUGUCGUCAUCAGGGUGUGCUUGUCUCCUCCAUAGCCAGCCUCUGAAUUCUGCCACGACUCGGUACUUUGGAUACCAUAGACUUACAGCGUUUUGAAAAGCAUUGAACUAUUUUCCGUUUCCCUUUAUCCCAAUGCUACGGCGUCCACCAGCCCUGCAGACGCAAAUGCGCCGAAAGACGGUCCGA